AGCCAUUUUGGCUCAAGCUUGCCUCCGGUUGGCUUUCACAGAGUUUUGAGCCUCAUCCGCACACUCCUCUGUACAUUCACACCUACCGCAGCCAAUUUGUUCCAUUCGUCUCACAGAUGGCGCAUGCCAUUUUGAUCGCCAGCCUGGUCGGGGCCAGCGGCGUGGCCAGCCUGGUCUCUGCAGUUGACCUCGGGCUGAUGCAGAUGUCGACUGCUGCUGAUCCGAAGUCGUGGAUUUGCACGCUGAAGAGCGAUGCUACGGCUGAUGAGGUGAAAACAUUGUGUAAUGAGUUCCAGAACCCGUUCUGUACUGGAACUGAAGAAUGCCCGCCAGGAGCAAAAUGUCCAGAGAAGUUCGUGCAUGGCUUCUUGACAGAGGCAGAUAAGGACGCGAUCAUGGCCAAGUACCCCGCGCUCGUGGUCAUAUGCGAAGAGGACCCGUUCGUCAAAAAGGCCUGGGAGCACAUCGUUCCAGAAGGAGCCACUCGGCGGACAUACCCGUGGGGAAUCCAAGACAUCAACGCGGACGAGGUCCGGGGGCGGGGCGCGGGUGUCAACGUGUAUGUGCUGGACACUGGCAUUCUUACGACCCACGUCGAGUUCGGCGGCCGGGCAUUUGCUGGGAUCGACAUUGCCUCCACGGGGACCUACACGGUGUGCACGCCCAGCAGCACGACGUGCGCUGCAGACGGCCAUGGGCACGGAACGCACUGCGCGGGCACGGUGGGGGCCUCGACGUAUGGCGUCGCGGACGGCGCGACCUUGUGGGCAAUGAAGGUCCUCGACAAUAACGGCGAAGGCUUCACUUAUUGGUCCAUUGCUGCCGAACAGCAUGUGCUGUCGCUUGGUCUAAGGCCAGCUGUGGUCAGCAUGAGUCUUGGGGGCGCUGGCCAGAGCACAUCCGAGCAGACCUCGAUCAACGCCUUGGUGGCCGAUGGCGUGACCGUGGUGGUUGCUGCAGGGAACCAAAACGAUGAUGCGUGCAACUACAAUCCAGCCUGGAUCCCGUCAGCGAUCACGGUGGCAUCUUAUGAUUCGGCAGGGGCCAAGUCGAGCUUCAGCAAUUACGGCUCUUGCAUCGAUGUCUGGGCUCCAGGCACGUCCAUCCUCUCGACCUACAUCGGUAGCAACGUCGCGUUGGGUAUUUCUUCGGGCACGUCCAUGGCCUGUCCGCACGUCUCUGGGCUGGCGGCCAUCAUGUACGAGGACAACCCAACGGCGGGAUCCAUGACCGCUUCGCAGAGGUGGACUCUCCUGACGGCUUCGCAGCGCUCUGGCUAUGUCACUGGAAUUCCCACGACCCCAGCCACUGUCAAUCUGGUGGCCUUGGCACCAACCCCGGCACCACCCCCGGCACCACCCCCGGCACCACCCCCGGCAACGCCGUCACCGACGUCCAGCCCGACGCUCAGUCCGACGCCCAGCCCGACGCUCAGUCCGACGCCCAACCCGACGCCCAGCCCGACGCCGAGCGGGGCUGCUGCCACUGGUGAUCCCCACUUGCAAAAUAUUCAUGGUGACCGGUUCGACUUGAUGAAGACGGGCAAGCAUGUUUUGAUCAACAUUCCUCGUGGAAUGAGCGCCGAAAACGCAUUGCUUCGCGUCCAAGCCGAUGCGCGCCGACUGGGAGGAGGUUGCGCGGAUAUGUACUUCCAGGAGCUGAACAUCACAGGAUCGUGGGCAGAUGCAAAACAACCUGGAGGGUACCACUACAGCGUGUCGCCAUAUGAGGUCAAGACUCCCGAAUGGGUUGCUCUUGGUAAAGUCGAGCUGAAAGUCGUGUACGGGCAUACGGAUCGUGGCCUCCACUACCUCAAUGUGUUCGUGAAGCAUUUAGGGCGAGCCGGAUUUGCUGUCGGAGGUCUCCUGGGAGAAGAUGACCACGGGGACGUGAUCGUUCCUGCAGAGGCGUGCGGCAAUCACCUGUCCCUGGUGGACGACGUGCCGGCGGACAAGAUGCGCAAAACCCAGUCGUUUUCAGUCGCAGAGGCAAGCCUCGCGUGACCGUGCGCCAUGACGCGCCCAGUCAUCGGUCGAACCACGCAGGACAGCGAGGCCGUCAGGCCUUGCUUUCCCGCCGCUCAGCUGCGGUCUGGCGUUCCUGGCGCGCUCAGUGGUGAGUUGGCGGGCCUGUGACGUAGGUUGUUUUUGUCAGCAUCUGCCAUCAGAACUGCUUCGUAUAUUUUUCAUUUUAGAUGAAUUAUAACGCAGUGAUAGCGAUUUUACGCGGGGUCGCAUGUUUUUUGGGUGCAUCUGGGGCCGUCUUGGAAACAUGUGCGAACCAUCUUGGGUUCUCUUGGUGCCAUCGCG